CCUUGUUUUAAAUGGACAGAGCCCGAAGCUGAGGGAUUCUCGGUUGUUAACGCCAAUGCAAAUCUGUGUGUUUAUUGGAGGAACAAUCAUACAUGAACUGGGUUUCAUUUAUUUUUAAAUAUUAUUUGUAGAUGAUUUUGUUUUCUUAAUUUGUCAUGGGGACCCAAGAAGAAAAAGACUGGCUUGAUGCUGGCAAUGAUCUUCUCAGCAAGUGCCAUAUUAACCUGAGGAUGCAGAACAUUUCGGACUGCAGUGCCUCUGUCUUUGUGUCUCUCUACCAGGCGAUUUUAGGGGAAGAAGUUCCAGAUUACAUUGCUGUUCCCAGGAGUCAGGAAGACGACUCUCACAACGUGCAGUCAGUGAUCGACUCCUUGGCGCUGGACUAUCUGCAGAUCAGCUUGUCUCACAUCACAGGAGAGAACAUUGUACGAGGAAACAAAGAAUCUAUCAAAAAUCUGCUGGACAUUUUCGAGGGGCUGCUCGAGUACCUUACAGAACAGAUAAGUGAGACGUCUUCUCAGAGUGGAGAUGAUCCAGACCCCAGGGAAAAGGAUCCUGUAGUUCCCGGAGCACUGUGGGAGGAUCUUGAGGACCAACACAAAGAGGCUCACCCUGCAGCCAAGCCAUCGUCACCCAGAGGGUCCUCCCAGUCGUCUCUCCCGUCCUGGGAUGCUGAGGGCUCUGAGUCCACGACUGAGCUGAUCCGGCUGGGGGACUCGGCCCACACGUUCAUCACCAAACAAGACACCAGGAAAGGUGAUGCUUCUCAUUUUGGAAGCCGCCUCAGUGCUGAGUGGACCAACGGAAACGAGGCAGGAGCUUCAUCAUCCGGGCCUGGACCUGCUCCCAGGAACAGAAGAGAACCAGAGCCCACCACCCCCCUGCCCAGCACAUCAGUCUCUUUGGACCCCCUGGACGCCAGUGCAACCCAGCUGGGGCACCCCAUUCGCCAGGCCAUCCCCCUGCAGCCCCCCUACCAGCCCCCGCAGCACAGACCCGACCCGUGGAGCUCCCAGCCACCGGGCCCUGGGGACGAGGAGCCAGCGCCCCCUGUGCAAACAAUCCCUGGCCCAUCAAGAGCAGUGUCUGACAGCACUGCUGUGAAUGGGACCCAAUCGAGACUCUCUCCAGAGAGUGAAAAGUCCUCAUCCAGCAGCUCCAGAUCAGCUGCCCACAAGAAACCUGGCCCUGCUGUGGAGCGGGAGAGAGCGAAGGAGAGCUCCAUCUCGGCCCCCAAGAGAGUGGUGUUCCGCACGCAGCCUGACGUCCGGCUGUUGAGCCUGCAGGGCGGGCUGGAGGAAUCGGGGGUCUGUAGCUCAGAGGAGGGGGACCCCACUAAUCGGCUGAACCGCUCCAGCCAAUGGGAUCACAGAGCCCCCCAGGAGAGGACCCUCAUCAAUGACAGCAGUCUGUAUGACGAUGGUGUGGUGGAGCCGCUGUCCCGACGGAGAGUGAGGAACAAGCUGGCGGAGCAGGAGCUGCAGGAGAUGUCAGCCAAGCUGUCCCGCAGGCUGGAGGAGCUCGACUCGAUGCUGAAGCAGGCUCUGGGUGAGACGGGUGGAGCAAGCGAGGUGAGGGGGGAGGAGGACAAACUGUCUCACCACAGCGACAGCUUCAUGGAGUGCCGUCGAACCAAGAAACAGUCAGGUAGAAGAGAACAGAACAGCACGUCCAGCUCCUGUCACAUUGCUGGAACACCACACCCCAAGAAGACCCCACGGACACGCUCCCUGUCCCCCUCCCCUCCUCGUGCCAGACGCACUCUGCAGGGCCAGUUCGAGGACACUGUCCCCCGGGACCAGAUGCAGCGCGUCCGCAGAGAGGUGCAGAGAGAGCUGGAUUUGCAGAGGAGGAAAGCAGGGAUUGUGGGCAGAGCCUACGAAGACGUUUUGAAAAGCUAUAAAGGAAAAGAACGGAUUCAAAUUUCAAAGGAGAAGGCAAAGGCCAAGGAAACGGAACAAGAGUACAAAGAAAACCUCUACAAGGAUGCCCUCCGCACGCCCAAGAGGUCCCGCAUCCCCCCUGCCAAGCCCACUCCUCACACACCCAGAGCCAGCCAGGAAACACCAGCCAGAGGGGUCGUCCGACUGAGCAAGGCAUUGCCCAUGAAGAUUAAAGACAAUGACCUGCUCCCCUUGCUGCUGGAGGAGUUCCCCUGCCUCCACGUCUCGCCCCACGCCCUCAACAAGAUGUGGAAGCAGCAGUUCAGGCAGAUGGAGCAGCUGACCGGGUCAGUGUCUGAGCAGGAGCAGGAGCGCUCCAGAGCCAAGCUCAACACGGAGGUGGAAGAGGCCCAGAGGAAGUACGAGCUGCUGGUGGAGAUCAUCCGCAAGGAGCAGGAGCACAACCAGAGACUGAAAGAUUUCAAAGACCGUAUUCGACAGCAGAAGUCUGCCCAGAGCAGGAUGAGGGAGCAGAGGCAGCAGGUCGCUCGGGCGAAGAAAUAUUACAAUGACUAUCAUGUGCAGCUGCGCGCCAGGAUGCUGCGCUCCAGGACCAGGGAGGAGAGGAUAUUCAAGAACCUGUUUGAGGAAGGCCUGGCAAUCCAGAAGAAGAGAGUGCGAGAACUGCGCUCCUACGCCAGGGACCAGCGCGAGGAGCACAAGAAGAAACACAAAGAGGAACUGGAGUCCAUGGAGAACUAUUACAAGGACCAGUUUUCUAUGUUGGCUGAAACGCUCGCCCAGGAACAGCAGGAAAUCCAAGUUAGGAAGAAAGCACAGGAAAAGGCGCUCCAGAAGAUGAAGAAGGAGCUCCGUGGGAAGAUGGAGCGUGAGAUCGGGGAGCUGCAGGAGAUGAUCAUGCAGAACGAUGACGACGUGUACUUCCGCGAGCUGGAGGCGGAGCGGCUGAGCCGUCGUGUGCACAUGGCUUCAUUCCAGUACGGCACGAGCCACCUGCUGUGAGACCAACACCCACACUGGCUUCCUUCCAGUGAGACCAACACCCGCUGUGAGACCAACACCCACACUGGCUUCCUUCCAGUGAGACCAACACCCGCUGUGAGACCAACACCCACACUGGCUUCCUUCCAGUGAGACCAACACCCACACUGGCUUCCUUCCAGUGCAGCACGAGCCAAACUCGCUGACAAUACCCAGGACCACCGCAUCAGGAAAAGGACCUCCUUAUUCAUUUUUUCUCACAAAGUGCUUUUAGUUUUUUUUAAAUUGUGUGUGUAUUUAAUCAUUUUUUUUAUGCACUUCUCAGGUCGUUGCCAAGUGUGAUCCGUUCAUUGCCUUUCAUAAAGGCAGAUAAGCUGAUUGGGUUUUUUAUUCCUUUUUAAUUGAUCUGAAUACUACAUCUAUUCCCGGACACUAGUAAUGAAGAGUACUGUUGAGGACAUUGUGUUUGAAUAUGUGCGAGUCAUUUUAAGGUUGUAUAAAUGUCUUUUUGAUUUUGUAUAUUGAGUGUGGGAGAAUAACUUUACUUUCUAAUGUUUUAACAAUGUAAAAAAAAAUGACUGUACAGAACAGAAAUCAGGUUUUAAAUUAUUUAAAAUCUUUUAUUAAACUUUGUGUUUGAAAAUGA